AUGGAGACCUUCAGUGCUUUUCUUCUUCUGGCAACAGGAGCAAUACUGACUUCUGCCCAGACAGGAUCCUUGAUGUAUCCUUAUGGGACAUCUCAAGGAGACACAAAGAAUAACAAGAUAGACGAUGGAUCAUCUGCCGAGAUCCCCAUUUCAGUUGCCUUCACCUUCUAUGGCAAGCCAUAUCGCGCUCUCUAUGUAAACAACAAUGGUGCAGUCUCAUUUGGUGUGAGCGUCUCACAGUACACACCUAGCCCUUUCCCACUGACUAUUGCGAAGCCCUUUGUGAGUCCAUUCUGGGCCGAUGUUGACAUUCGGAACGGCGGAGAUAUUUUCUGGAGGCAAUCUCAGGAUCCCAGCUUGCUUAGGCGGUGCACUGAAGAUAUCAAUCGAUAUUUCCCCAGGGUCCCGUUCACUGCCGUCUGGGCUUUUGUUGCCACCUGGGACCGUGUGGCCUAUUAUGGGUCUACUUCAAACAAGGUCAACACCUUCCAGGCUGUUUUGAUCACCAACAGGCAAAUCUCCUUCAUCAUAUUGAAUUAUGCUGGCAUCCAGUGGACCACGGGGACAGCAAGUGGAGGGAAUGCAGCCACAGGUCUUGGUGGAACCCCAGCACAGGCUGGAUUUGACAGCGGAGACAGAAUAAACCACUACACCAUCCCUUCUUCUCGCACUUCUGAUAUUAUCAAUAUCGGGAGGACCACCAAUGUGGGUGUGCCAGGGCGAUGGGCUUUCCAGGUGGACGAAUUUGUGGUUCCAGCUCCCACGGAGAGUGUUGAGUGUGCCCUGUGAGGUCUUCAGAAAUUAAGAGGACAUCCUCUUUGUCCAUCUGUUUCCAACCAGGAUGUACUCAAAGGAAGCCUUGCAG